CUCAUUCAGAGAAGGUGUCAGAGAGAGUUAGGAAGCAGGGCAGCUACAGGACAGCAUGGCACUCACUGCUCUCUGUCUGCUGAUGUUGUUCAGCUCUGUGUUACAGUAUGGAGUCAUGGAAGUGAGACAAAAGGCUGUUGUGAUCCUCAAGCCCAACUGGACAAAACUGUUCAGAGGAGACACAGUGUCGCUCAGAUGCCACCUCCCGGGAGAGCCAUCCGCCGACUGGGAGUACAUUUGGUAUAAAACGAGGAGGAGCUUAACCCUUACAAGGUCUGGAGCGAGAGCAACGAGUAUAAGAACGUGGGCCCAGUGGAAGAGUCUGACGGCGGCGAGUACGCUUGUCUGGGCAUGAGGAAGGUCGACUCGGUCUUCUCUGAGAUCAGUGAUGCUGUAAUACUUACUGUCUCAGAGAGACCCAAGGCUGUGAUUCUCCAGAGGCCUGACUGGCCCCAGAUCUUCAGCGGAGAGACGGUCACUUUCAGGUGUGACAUCCCAGGUGAGCUGCCGUCUGAAUGGAGGUACCGGUGGCGGAAGGACGGACAGAAGGUAAAACCUGAUUCCGCUGGGGAGACAAAUAUUUACAGGAUAACGGUCGCCGACCAGUCCCACAGUGGCAAGUACACCUGCACUGGCCUGAGGAAAAGUGACUACAAGUUCUCCCUCGCCAGUGAAUCAGUGACACUGACUGUGUCAGAGAGACCGCAGGCGGUGCCGAUUCUGACCCCUAAGGACAUGGAGAUCUUCAGUGGUGAGUCAGUCUCGCUCCGCUGCCUCAUUCAGGAUGGGGAUGCCGGAGACUGGAAGUACAGCUGGUACAAGAGGGGCUACGUGGGCUACAGCCAGAUCAGCGACGAGCAGGAGUACGGUAUCAGCCCCGCCACGGAGGCCGACAGCGGCGACUACACCUGCAGGGGCACGCGCAAGAGUGACGCCCAGCACUCCGAGACCAGUGAGGCCAUUAGGCUGACCGUGUCAGGCCUGCCCAAAGUUUCAAUCUCUAUAAAACCAGAGAGCCCCAUAUACAUUGGAGAGACGGUCACUCUGGAGUGUGUGACCGCCUCUCGCACUGACUGGAGCUAUACCUGGUUUAAAGGAAGUCCACAGACCGAGGCGCUGCCCUCGGACCGUGAGAGUAAAGGGGGGAACACCCUCACCAUCAGUGGGGCUUCGGAACAGGACCAGGAUGAGUACUGGUGUCAGGGGGAGAGGUGGAACAGCACCACGGCUUCGCUCAUGAGUGACCCGGUUUACCUGAGCGUGUCUGACUUGCCGACAGGCUCCCUGACUGCAGAGCCCCCGAAUCCUGUAUUCACUGGGGAGACCGUCACCCUGACAUGUGUGCUAGAAUCACACAGUGACUGGUCCUAUAAAUGGUACAAAGGAAGCUCUCAGAACCCAGUGUCUCAGUCCGACCGGUACCACAGAGAGGCAAACACCCUUACCAUCUGGGGAGUGGUCGAAUCAGAUCAGGACCAUUACUGGUGCCAGGGGGAAAAGGACACCAGACCCACUUCCUCACACAUGAGUACUUAUGUUUACUUGUCUGUCACAGCCUUGCCCACUGCCACCCUGACUGUCCAGCCCGCCAGCCCUGUGUUCAGUGGAGAGAUAGUGACGUUUACGUGUGCAAUACAGUAUCUCCGAGACUGGACGUACAGGUGGUACAGACGCAACUCCUCAGAUGCGGUGUCCCAAUCCGAGCGCUACGGCCGAGCUGGGAACACCUUGACCAUCCGAGGGGUGGCUGACCUUGACCAGGACCAGUACUGGUGUCAAGGGGAGAGGGACACGCGACCCACUGUAUCACAGAUCAGUGAGAAUGUCACACUGAAUGUACAUGAAUUCAAGCCAAAGCCACGGCUGACAUCCAACCAAUCAGAUCACAUCUACACCGGUUCAUCUUUGACUCUGACCUGUGAGAUGGACCCGUCCACUGGCACCGGGUGGACAUUUUUCUGGUACCGAGACUCACAGAACUCAGAACCUAUGUUCCAAUCCGAUGUGAACUCCUACACCAUCAACUUUGUGAAGGUCUCUGAUGAAGCGCCAUAUUUUUGUUGCGCUGGAAGAGGCAGCCCGGUCUAUUACACACAUUACAGCAACGCUACAUGGAUACAAGUUACUGAGAGGCCAAAGGCCUUCAUCACCCUGUUGUCUAACUGGACGCGGAUCUUCAGCGGUGAGACCAUCUCUCUCCAGUGUGACAUUCACAGCACCACAGACACUGACUGGGACUACGUCUGGUACAAGAAUGGCUACCUAAACAACCCCGUGAGCCGUGAGAAAGAAUACCGCGUCACCCUGGUGUACGGUCACCGCGGCGACGAAUACACCUGCAUCGGCAGGAGGAAGAGGGAGCUCACGUACUCAGAGAUGAGUGACCCCCACAGUGUCUCAGUAUUCGAGAGACCCCUGGCUCUACUGAGUGUCCCUGCUCAGACCUGGGUGCGUGAAGGUGACUCAGUGACCCUGAGCUGCGAGGUGAAGAGCCCGGCCGCAGGCUGGAGGUUCCAUUGGUACAGAGCCGACUCCGCAGCCAGACAGACCCUCGUGUACAGCAACGGUGGCUCCUUUACCAUCAGCCCAGUGCUGCUCCAACACGCUGGCUUGUACACGUGCAGAGCAGAGAGAGGAGAUCCGCCAUACUACACCAAAUACAGCAAGCUCCAGCCACUCUGGGUCACUGGCCUGUCACCUCCUGCCUCUCUGGUCAUCAGGCCUAACAGAACCCAGCACUUCAUAUAUAAAUCCCUGUCCCUGAGCUGUGAAAUGCAGGACUACCCUGUCGGCUGGAGGCUGAGGUGGUUCACGGACAGAGGGGAGUUAACGGAAUGCCCGGCUGCGUGGAGGUCAGUGGUAGGAUCGACCUGCUCCAUCGUCCACCCACACGAGUCAGAGAGCGGCGUGUACUGGUGUCAGUCAGAAACCGGGCUGCGCAGCAACCCUGUCAACGUCACGUUCCAUGAUGCCGACGUGAUCCUGGAGAGCCCUGUCCACCCUGUGAUGGUGGGUGACCCCCUGACCCUGCGCUGCAGGUACCGUAAGACGCCCACCAACACGGAGGCCGACAUCUACAAGGACGGAUCUCCCAUUCUGCCCACCAUCACUGGGGAGGUGACCAUCCCGGAGGUGACCCAGUCACACGAGGGACGGUAUCGGUGCAGGCAUUCCGACAGCGGAGACUCCCCAGAGAGCUGGGUCACAGUGAGAGCUAAAGAUCCUCGGCCACAAAAGCAUCUAGCACUUUGGCUUGUGCUGGGCCUGUGCAUUGGGCUUGCCGUAGUGGUUGUAUUUGCACUGCUGUAUCGCUACAGAGGCUUGUUCAUUCAUGGAAGACUAUUUGGCCGUGGAUGGCAGAGCACCCACGGGGGGUCGAGCGAGGAGCAGAACAGGCCUGUGGACCGUCAGGGGGAAAAGUCUGGCAAAGUUCCAUGGCAGUUUGCAGGAGCCUCAAGUGGUCCUAGUGAUGUGGUCUUUACUGAGAUCGAGUUGAAGGAGAUGCGCAGAAAGUGGUAUAAGGUAAAAGCUGAGCCUGCCGGUGGCCUGCUACCCAAGACCCACAGCCAGGAAGUGUCCAUUCUGAUAUGAUACAGGAGCUGGGAAGCACAUGGACAGUCCGCUUCAGGACCUUAGCUCCAAGUGAAAACAGUGCAUAGACAGUGUACAGACAACACUCAAUCAUAGAGGAUAAAGGCACAACUGUUCUAAGGAUGAAAUUCAGAAUGGCUAAAGAAGAUCUGCUUUAUUCUGUGUCUUUUCAGCAUUGUUUGUUUGGGCCAUGGAAAUAACAGGCCCUUUUUAUACAGUGCUACUACAAGACAAUCAUAAUAGCAGGAAUCACAAAGAAAUGAAGAGUUAAUGAUUUAACAUCACAGUACAUUAUCAGUGAACAAAACAUUUUCUGUUACUGUUAAAUUACAUUUAAUAAUGGAAAAAGAAUGCUAUUUAUUCACCAGGACUUCCUGUUCCAUUACCCUUGUCCAUGUAGUCAUAGAUAUUGCCACAUUU